GGAAGCCGUCUUUUUGUCGAGCGGAGAUAAACAAAGCCUCUCAUUCCACCAGCGGCACCAGUUUAAUAACCCUUGAACUGAGCGUUGUUCGUAGCUUGUGCGUUAUUUGCGAUCACCUAUUUCGCAGUACUAGGUAUUUGUGCUGGCUUGUCGGAGCUGUUAACUCAGGGCGGCCAGCGUCGGUGUUGUUUUGUUGUUUCGGGGGCAAACCGGUGAAGCGUCAAGUGAGGUCGCGGGUGAUCGUAGUCGCGUCGAUAAACGGAGUUAUCGAAAGGGGUUUUCGUCAAUCCAUCGCUUGACCGAACAAUGGCAGUCCCCAUGGCUGCCACUAUGCAGCUGAACACAUCGAGCCCGGCUCUUCUGGACCACAGCAUUCACAUGGAAGAGUUUGUAAACAUCUCAGGUGAUGAAGACCCGCUGCCUUUACAUUCUCCAUGGACGUUCUGGCUGGACAGAUCACUUCCUGGCACCACAGCGGCGGAAUGCGAGUCAAAUCUGAAGAAGAUCUAUACAGUGGAAACUGUCCAGAACUUUUGGAGAGUCUACAACAACAUACCUGGUGUCUACAACCUGCCACUGAGAUGUAGCUACCAUCUAAUGAGAGGCGAAAGAAAACCACUCUGGGAAGAGGAAAGCAAUGCCAAAGGAGGUGUCUGGAAAAUGAAAGUACCAAAAGACUGCACUCCUGUUGUGUGGAAAGAGUUGCUUCUGGCGACUAUUGGAGAGCAGUUCAGUGACUAUUGUGCAGCAGAUGAUGAAGUUGUCGGGGUGAGUGUCAGCAUGAGAGACAGAGAGGACGUUGUGCAGGUCUGGAAUGGAAAUGCGUCUCGUGCCACCGAAUCAAACGUAACAGGAAGGAUAAUCGAGCUCCUCCCAGAGGUUUCCUUCAAAGCCGUCUUUUACAAGCCACACAAGGAACAUCAUGCCUUUGAGGGCGGACGAUCAAGACAUUAGCGGAGCAUUGCAUUGUAAUAAUAUGCUUUUUUUGUUGUUGUCGAGCAGAUCAGCACUAAGUAUUUGUGUCACUGAAAUCAUCUCCUUCUGUAGUUUUUUUUUGUAUAAUUUUCAUGAAAUGUUAUACAAAUUUAAGUUUACAAGGCUUUCGUUGAAACAGAAUCAACUUUUUUAUGGCUAACUUUGAUGGUGUGCAUUUAAACAAUAUUUGGCGAGUAGAAAUUCAAGUACAUAUUCUAGAAUUAAGAGUCAACAAAAGUACCAUGCAGUUUUUAAAAAGCCUUGUGUUCUAAAUGUGUUUCUGAUGUGAAUCACGUACAAUAACUAAAACAAUACCAGAUGUGUAAGAUAUAUCUAUUAACCCUGAAAAGGUAAUUUUUUUCACUUUAAAAUUGUGACAAGCAUGGUUGCAUUUAACAAGCUCAUCUGCAAAAAUGGAGCUUGAUGUAGUUACUACUUCACACAAGCAGAUGGCAGACCAUGUCUGUGGAGGAGAUGCAGGAGGUUGCAGUCAUGUUUGAGUGAUGAAGAAGAGCAUCUCCAGUGGAUCAGAUAAAUGUCUGUAAAAGCUAUGUAAUUUAAUUCACGACCAUCCCAAACUUUUAUCAAAACUGAUGGUUUUUCUUAGCACCUUUAUCUCUAACUGUUUUCAAGCUUCUGCUUUUUGAAACAGCGAUAUAAAAGUUGGAUAUUUAAUUGAAAAAAAAAACUCUUUAGGGUUAAAGUUAGAUUGUGAUCUAUAUGUACAAAUGUAUAAAAAGAAUUAACACCCCCC